AUGACCAAUGUCCAGGCCUCUUUAGGGACCUCCCGGGCCCAGCCACGAAAGACGCCAAGCGAGCGGCCACUCUCGCCGGCCGGCGUCCCUCGCCCGCCCUGCACCCCCGGCCCGCCGCUCCGCUCCCUAGUGCGGCCCGUGCGUUCGGGACCCGGAAGGGGCGCGGCCGCAGGACCCGGCGGGGCAGCUACGCGGGGUCCUCGCGCGCGUCCCACGUGGGCCCGAGCGGAGCCGCCGUCCUGGUUCGCGAGGUUCGGGCGCGCCUUCUCGCUGGCCAUGGCAGCUGCGGACGGAGCGCUCCUCCACGUUUCCGAGCUCCGGGCCGCCGCCCCCAGGACGUUCGCCGGACUCCGCCUGGCCCGGGCGAGGCGGCAAGCAGAGGCCACCAAAAGAAAAUACCAAGCGUCUGGUGAGGCUCCUCCAGCGAAACGGAGGAACGAGACAUCAUUUCUCCCAGCCAAGAAAACUGCUCAAGAAACUCAGAGGACUUUUAAGAGGAAGGCACAGAAAACGUUUUCUCCGAAGAAGUCUUUGGCCGGUGCAAGUGACAGAAACCAAGAGCAGAAACCGUGUGUUAAGACUUCAUCAUUGUUUAAAAACAACCCUGAAAUUCCAGAACUCCACAGACCUGUAGUAAAGCAGGUGCAAGAAAAAGUGUUUACUUCAGAUGCUUUUCAUGAACUGGACCUCCACCCACGUUUGCGCAGUGACGGCCCCUAUGCUCUGGUACUCGUGCCAACGAGAGAGCUGGCUCUACAAAGCUUUGACACUGUCCAGAAACUCCUUAAGCCGUUUACCUGGAUUGUGCCUGGAGUGUUAAUGGGAGGAGAGAAGAGAAAAUCAGAAAAAGCCAGACUCCGCAAAGGAAUAAAUAUCCUUAUCUCAACUCCUGGACGUCUGGUGGAUCAUAUAAAAUCCACAAAGAACAUUCAUUUUAGUCGGAUACGGUGGCUGAUUUUGGAUGAAGCAGACAGAAUCUUGGAUUUGGGUUUUGAAAAGGAUAUCACAGUGAUACUCAAUGCUGUAAACGCCGAGUGCCAGAAACGACAGAACGUCUUGCUGUCGGCAACACUCACGGAAGGUGUUACACGGCUAGCUGAUAUCAGUUUGCAUGACCCAGUCAGUAUUUCUGUCCUGGAUGAAUGCCAAAAUCAGUCUCACCCAAAGGGCAAAGCAAUUCUUGAAGUCUCUCCUCCACAAACUAGCAACAAGCUGGACAGCUUUGCAAUACCAGACAGUCUCGAUCAGCAUGUGACAUUGGUGCCCAGCAAACUGAGGCUUGUCUCCCUCGCGGCCUUCAUCCUGCAGAAAUGCAAGUUUGAAAAGGACCAGAAGAUGAUUGUCUUUUUCUCGAGUUGCGAGCUGGUGGAGUUCCAUUACAACCUCUUCCUCCAGACCCUGCUGAGCAGCGCAGGGGCCCCGGCAUCAGGGCAGUUACCAUCUGCCUCCAUGCGAUUAAAAUUCCUGCGGCUGCAUGGCAACAUGGAGCAGGAGGAAAGAACAGCAGUGUUUCAAGAAUUCUCACAUUCCAAAACAGGCGUCCUCCUUUGCACGGAUGUUGCAGCUCGGGGCUUAGAUCUCCCUCAAGUCAAGUGGAUUGUUCAGUACAACGCUCCGUCUUCACCUGCUGAAUACAUCCACCGGAUUGGGAGAACCGCCCGGAUUGGCUGCCAUGGGAGCAGCCUGCUCAUUUUGGCUCCUUCGGAGGUAGAAUAUGUCAACUCGUUGGCUUCUCACAAAAUCAAUGUUUCUGAGAUUAAGAUGGAAGAUAUUUUGUCUGUUCUGACAAGGGAUGAUUGUUUUAAAGGGAGACGGGGAAACCAGAAAUCCCGUGCCAUUGGCCCCCAGGAAAUUCGAGAGCGAGCCACAGUCUUGCAGACGGUAUUUGAAGAUUAUGUGCACUCCAGUGAGAGGAGGGUCUCCUGGGCAAAGAAAGCUCUGCAGUCCUUCAUCCGAGCCUAUGCAACCUACCCCCGGGAGCUGAAGCACAUCUUCCAUGUGCGCUCGCUUCACCUUGGGCAUGUGGCUAAGAGCUUCGGGCUAAGAGAUGCCCCCAAAAAUCUUAGUGUCUCAGCUAUAAAGAAGAGGAAAGCAAACCUGAAAAGGCCUGACCUUCAUAAGAAGACCCAGAGUAAACACCGCCUUGCUGAAAUCUUGCGUUCGGAAUACUCAAGUGGGAUGGAGGCUGGCACUGCCAAGGUCAAAAAGCAAAACAAACACGCAGAGCCCGGGAGCCAGCCAUGCAGCGCUGUCAGCUACCGGCGCCCAGCCUUGGCCGUUCCCAGCACAGGCUCGUCGAGUCCUACCUGGGGCGAGGGCCAGAGCAGCCUCGGUGCCUGCGAGCGUCCGCAGCCCGAGCGCGGCCUGAGCGCUGGGCGGAGGGGACUGAAGGGGGGAGUAGCCUCGGAGCCCAUCUGUCGGCCCCGCACCCGGCGGACCGGUCACCAGCUGCCGGCGCCCUUGUUGCGGCCAGAUGAGCCGGCUCAGUGA